AUGACUGAAAACACGCAGGUGAGGGUAUUUGAAUGCUCUACUGCUGUUCCACUAGGGCAGACUUCUAGGUCAUACAGACACAUCCUAUUGCCUAACGGAGUGUUGACUCUGCUUAUUUCAGAUCCAACGGAGGAUUUAGCUGCAUGCUCGUUGACAGUUGCUACAGGAUCUCAUGCGGACCCAGAUUCUGUUCCAGGGUUAGCCCAUUUGUGUGAACACUUGCUCCCGUUGGCCUCAAAGCAGUUCCCCAAGCCUGGCCUUUUACAUCAGACAUUAUCAAGACAUGGUGGGAGAUACAAUGCGUCAACCUCAGGCGAACAAACCAGCUACUAUUUUGAAAUCCCAACCAAUUCUCUGGUUACUGGCCAAGACAGUGCCAAAGAUAUAUUUGGAGAACCCAUUUUCAGUCAUGUUCUACGUAUGUUCUCUUCUUUCUUCCGAUCUCCGCAAUUUCCCGAAGAUUUGGUCCAAAGAGAAAUUCAUGUUAUCAAUGAUGAACAUAACGAAAAUAAAACCAACGAGGCCAAGUUAAUGUUCCAUGGAUUGCGUCUGUUGGCCGCUGAAGGCCAUCCUUUUCAUAGGUUCUGCACUGGUAAUAUCUUUACCUUGGCCAAAACUGCUCACACUUCCGAUAUAAGUAUGAGAAAUGAGGUGAAAAUGUUUUUCAGCAAAGAGUACACCAGUUCCAAAAUGUCUUUGGUCCUCAGAGGACCGCAAUCUCUGAACAUGCUGCAGAAGAUGGCCUUGCAGUUCUUUUCAUUCUCUGCGUCUGAGAGAGCUCACACUCUAGAGAACAGUCCUCGCCCAUAUACAGAUACAAGCUUGGAAGCUAUUCCUACAUUAUUAAAGUGCUGGAAGUACAAAACAGAUAUUUUCUCUGGUGUCAGAGCCAAGGUGAUUUUAAUUGACUCCCCUUCUGCGCCCACCAGUCUCAGAUUCAACUUUGCAAUAAAGCAUGACCCGGACUCAAAAUUGAGACGCCAGUACGAUCUUUUCUGUGAUGCAUGGUGCCAAAUGUUAGGUAACGAAGGCAUAGGAGGUCUCACUGAUGGAUACAAAGAACUUGGUCUUGCUAGCACGAUAAUCUCAUCCAGAUUAAACCCUACAAAUGAUAUGACUUUUCUAACAUUGAGCGUUAGACUUACGCAAAAAGGUGCCGAGAGUAUCGAAAAGGUGAUUUCAAUGUUUUUCGAGUAUCUGGAGGUGGUUCUAUCCUCUCCGGAUGGAGACUUGGGAAGUAAUCUUUCCGACCUGUGUUCAAUCGACCUCUUGAGAUUCUUAUACAGAGACAAUGAAUUAUCGCCUAUGGAAGAAGCUGUGCGUCUGUCAAAACUGCUGCAAACAAAUCUUGUAUCUUUGUCUCCAACCUGGUUGGUGAAAGGUUCUUCGUCCUGGUCAGAUCUUGAUCAUGAAUAUUCCGGGGGUUUCUCUGAAGAUAACGCGAACAUUUGGUGGAUUAAACGUGCAAGAGAAUUCAAAGUGUUUCUGAGAAAGUUCUGCAGUCAAAACUCUUUAGCUUUGGUCAUAUAUGGGUCUGGGAUCUCUUUUGACAAUCUGAAGAAAGUUAUCCAAACAACCUCAUCCAAGACGCAAGAUAAAGCUUUUGGCUUUGAUUACCAAACAGGGGUCUUCAUACCCGGAAGUAUCAUCUGCCUCUCAAGGACAUUUCCAACCUUCUUUAUCAAUCCUGUGAAUAAGUUCAUGCCUUCGAUUGCGUAUAAACAUUCGGUAAUUCUGCAAGCUCUCAGGUCGACAGCAGAACGGUCUCGAAAUGCCAAUCUCUCGUUUUUCGUCAAAACAUCAGCCAGAAGCGAGAUACCCAAGGUGAUUGGUAGGGGUCAUCAGUAUACGCUCUGGCUUCAGCGAGAAAUAAACCCAAAUUAUGCAUCACGGUCCCUGCUCUCAGCAGAGAUUGUAUGCCAUUCGCUUAGACCCAGUCCAAUGCACACUAUAUGUAUGGAUGUUCUUUGUGAGCUGCUAAAGCUGCGGUUGGACAAACAUUUGUACGAUUUGGAGUUAUUAGGAUCAACAUAUAACUUCAUUCCUUCCAUUAAGGGAGAUGUCAGACUGGGACUUCACAUAUCUGGAUUUUCAGAAAACGCAGAGGCAUUUCUAUUGUUGGUGAAGAAACGUAUCAAGCUGUUAGCAGAAGAUUUCCAAUAUCAAGUGGAUUCCAAUUUGUUCAGAGAUUCGAGAAUUAGGGUAAGAACAAAGUACAACUUUCUUGAAACCGCUCCGUCUGUUGCUGUUGCAUCUGCAGGUUUAUUAUUGCUUUUGGAGCAAUACACCUGGUCCAUUGAAGAAAGACUGGAGGCUCUAGAAGACAUGACCAGGCAUGACAUGGAACAGUUUUUGCGGAGAUUCUUUCUUGAGGGGCAAAAUGAGGUCACCAUGUUUCUUCAUGGUGAUUCGGAUGAACUCUCUCUGAAGAAACUCUUUUCUGUGGUGGCCGACUUCGCCUUGCCAUCUUAUUAUCAUCAGCUGCGACCCCUGCCGGAUCCCAGCACAUAUGUAAUUCCUCAAGGUGUCUCAUACAGCUGCUCAAGACCAUCUUCUGAGCAAGAUCCGACUAGCAGUAUUGUUUAUUUCUUGCAAACAGGCAGACGACACGAUGUUGCUGCGUUCACGCUCACAAAGUUCACGGCCUUCAUGAUGGCCAUUGAUCUGGUACCGUCGUUGCGAAACUCAAAGGUAGCUUAUCUAGUACUUGGUGGUCUUAGAAUCUUGAGAGGUUCUAUAGGGAUCCACAUAACCACUGUCAGCAGUCAUCUUACAGCGGAGCAGCUGGAAAGGAAGAUAGAUGAACAUCUCCAUCAAUGGGAAACAACAUUGGGGAACAUGUCAGAGGCCACUUUCCACUCCAAUUUCGUGGUCCCUUUCUUGGAAGGACUGGAAAAUAAAAGCCAUAGACUUGAGAGUUCCGGUGGUCCAGCAAGUGUAACACUGAACGCAUAUGGUUCAAAAGAGAAAAACUCGUUCGCAGACAGAGGCACCACUGCUUCCAUCAAAAAACAUAGAAGCUCUUGGGAACAGAUCACAUCCAAAGAUUACUCCUUUGAUGCAUCAUAUGAGAGCAAAAUUGACAUUGAAGUUGUUCGCGAGCUAACGCUCUCACGCUUGAUGGAGUUCUUCCGAAGAUAUGUAUCCAUUGAGUCAAGGGCAAGAUCUAAGCUCAGUAUUAUGGUACAAUCGAGAAAGGAGAAAUUGAAGGUUGAAAGUGAGUUGUUGAUUGUCCACCUGUCGAAAUUUUUGAAAAUGAAAGGUCUGUACAUUACUUCUGAGCAGCUCCAUGAGAUUGUAGAAGGCGCAAAUGGCAGUCAAGGCGUUAUGUUCAAAGACCUGUUCAAGUUUUUCGUGGACCAGGGCAAAAGUCUCAGAUUGUGCACUGUCAUUCUCAAGGAAGGCACCAAACUUGUCUCUGAUAGUUUCAAGCUGUCAAAACCAAGUUCAGCUGUCAUAAAGGCUCCGAACGCAGCUUUGGAAAAUAUUUGCGUGACUGAUAUUCAAGCUUUCCAAACAUCAUUGUCAUUGGUGCCAUUGAAGUGA